GGAAUACACCGCAGGGACGCCCAACACCAGCGCCGAUCUUCGCCGCUCCCCUGCAACCCCCCUGUCGUCGCCAAAACCGAGAUACGGCAACGCCAAGUACGUCCCCGAUUCGCGGGACCAGUGGGGCACUGGAAGGGUGAAAGCUUCAUUCAAUCAGUGCCUCGAUCGUAUCCCUCGGUUGGCCAACAUCUUUCGUCAUGGUAAGCACCUCUGUUGAUCAUCCACGUCACUGGGACAAAGAAGACGGGAAAGGCCCCUAGCCAGACUCAAGCGACCACAGUUAUAUAAUAUUACGGCUAGCCACCCUCCCGGACGUCAUGUCAUUGCAACAAGCUUCAGGCCUUCGACACCAAGUCUCCCUCCGUCAACAUGGUCAAACUCACUCAUCUCUUGCUGGGCAUCCCAGCUGCUCUGGCUCUGGAAUGCCGCCCUGAGGGACCGAUCGUGCCUCCGCCGCGCAACCUGAAGCAGUCGGACACAUUCUCCAGAGCGCUCGCCAACCUCACCGCGACCCUUGACUCGGCAUUCAAGGGCGAGUUUCGGUCUUCUUUAGAUGCCCAAAACGUCUCGAUGUCGGUGGCCCUCGUCGGCCUCGACCAGACUGAGGCAUCAACUCCGCUCUGGGAGUACCACCAUCUCGGCUCGGGCAAUGUCAACGGCACCAAGUCCCUGGACAGGCACUCGCAGUAUCUGAUCGGGUCCGUCUCGAAGGUUAUUACCGAUGCCAUACUUCUGCGCAGUGGUGUGAACAUGGAUGAUCCGGUCACGAAAUACCUUCCAUCGCUGGCCAACGAUACCUCGCGGAUCGACUGGGAGAGUAUCAGCCUUCGAGCUCUCGGAGGCCAGCUCGCCGGCAUUCCCGCCAACUUUGGUUUCUCUGAGUACCACUACAUCAAGACCUGGUUCGAAACCCUCGGCUUCCCCGCCCUCAACGACAGCAGCUACCCACCCUGCGGCGUGAUCGGGCUCAACACGGCCUGCACACGCGAACAAUUCCUGACCGGCCUGCUCACCGCCGACCCCCAAGCCCUGCCCCAAGCCCGCCCCGUCUACUCCAACAUCGCCUACACCAUCCUCGCCUACGCAAUCGAAGCCGCCACGGGCAAGGACUACACCGCCCAACUGCACGACUACCUGACCUCCCCCCUCGGAAUGGCCUCCACCAUCGCCACGCCGGGGAACGACUCCCGCGCCGUCAUCCCCCCCGGCGAGAGCACCUGGGGCUCCGACUACGGCGACAACGCGCCCGGCGGCGGGCUGGUCUCCACGCUGGCCGACCUGACGUCCUUUGUGCGCGCGAUCCUCGCGCGGGACGCGGCGCUGGGCACCCCCGCGGAGAUCCGCCAGUGGCUGCAGCCGAGGACGUUUUCGGGGAGCCGGUCGAGCGCGGUGGGGUUGCCGUGGGAGAUGUUCCGCCCGGAGCCGCGGUUGUUGUUCCCUGGGUAUGAUGCGGAAACCGGGGAGGGCGGGCAUACGGUGACGAUCCAUGCCAAGGAUGGCGCGGCGUACGGGUACCAUGCGCGGAUUGCGUUGUUGGAUGAGUAUGGGGUCGGUUUGGUCCUGCUGACGGCGGGGAACCAGGAUGCGUUGGGCGAGGUGUAUGAUGCGGCGUUGACGGGCUUGGUGCCGGCGCUGGAUGCGGUUGCGAGGCAGCAGGCUGUGGAGGAGUACGGGGGGGUGUUCGCGGGGGUGUCGACUGAGGAGACGGGCGCGGUGCCGGUUAAUGCGACGGUGGAGUUGGAUGGGUCGUCGCUGCGGUUGAUGGGGCUGCACCGAAAGGGGUCGGAUAUCUUGGCCGCGCUGCAGGAGCUGUGGGGAGUGACCUUGUCCGAGUUCCUGCCGUCGCUGGACAUGACCGGUGUGUAUAGGUUGUAUCCGACCGGCAUCGAGAGGAAGGCGGUGUUGGCUGAUGGAAGGGAGGUUGUGGAGGAGGACUGGAGAGUGUGGUGGGAGGUCGAGUACACCUCGCAGACGGAUAUGCCCGGGAACGGGCUCAGCGAGAGUGACUGCUUAACCUGGACGCUGGCAGACUGGAUGUACUACGGCAGCCAGUCGGCGGACAGGGUCAUGUUUGUGAAAGACGCCGAGACGGGCAGUGUCCUGGGCUUGGACGCUCCAUUCCUGAGAACGGGCAUUAUGGGAAAGUCUGAGGUUGAGUGACGCCUCAAGGAAUGCUGGACGCGACGCAACUCUUACACAACCCACUUGCAACACCCGUUUGCUCAACCACAAGGAAACGAGCAUUGUUAGAUUAGAGCAAGAUUGUAAUUAUUUAGUUAUAGAACUCUGCCCUUCUCAAUCUUGGCCCGAACCCAAUAUCCACAAACCUUGCCACGAUCGCCAUGUUUCUGGGUGAGAUAGCUACCGAGUUAAAUCGGCUCGCUGCGGUGGCCAAAGCAGAACAUAUACCCGUCCCGGUUUUCAACGAAGCUAU